AUGUAUAAGAGUCCGGAUGGUGAUAUUAUUGAUUGCGUCCAUAUCAGAGAGCAGCCUGCAUUUGAUGAUCCCCUAAUGCAGAGUCAUGUUAUUAAGGACACACCCGCACGAUUACCUUAUACGAUCAACCAAACAGACAAAAGAAGAGUUUGGCAGGUCUGGAACCAGAACGGCACGAGCUGUCCCGACCAAACCAUACCCAUACGGCGUACCGUGGUCGGGGCCAAACCAUUCAAGAAAAGUCACUGGACAGACGUUCGAAUCAAUCGCCGAACAGUUCCGUACGCCGCCGAGCAAGGACACGAGUACGCCAUAGGAGGUCUAGGCUAUCUCCAUGGAAUAUAUGGAACAGCGGCGACUAUGAACGUUUGGGAUCCCUCUGUAGAACGAGGGACAGACGAAUUUAGCUUGUCGCAGAUUUGGCUAGUCGCGGGACAUUACAACAAAGACGAUCUGAACACAAUUGAAGCGGGUUGGCAGGUAUUCCCGGAUCAUUAUCAUGACAGCCAGCCACGACUUUUCGUCUAUUGGACGCGGGACACAUAUCAAAAGACAGGGUGUCUCAAUCUUGAAUGCUCUGGAUUCGUACAAGUCAGUAACCAAUUUGCAGUAGGUAGUGCAUUUUCUCCUACCUCUUCUUACGGCGGCAGCCAGUUUGACGUAACAAUGUUCAUAUGGAAGGAUGCUAACGAUGGGAACUGGUGGCUGAUCAUUGAUUCAUCGGUGAUCGGGUAUUGGCCGGCGAAGCUGUUCACGCAUCUAGCUCAUGGCCCGGCGGAGUUGGUACAGUGGGGUGGCGAGAUUGUGAACACACAGAGCUACGGCCAGCACACUACCACGCAUAUGGGUUCGGGCCACUUUGCAGAGGAAGGCUACGGCAAGGCAAGCUUCUUCCGCAACCUGAAGAUCAUUGACUACCUCGCAUACCUACAACCAGUCCAAGAGUUUACCUUGUACACGAAACACCCGACGUGUUACAACGCACAGAAGGGACACAGUGAGGAGUGGGGAAGUUAUUUUUACUUUGGCGGACCUGGAUUUAACUCCUUAUGUCCCUAGUAUUUGCAGACCGGUGCCAUAGUUAUAAGAUUUGAAACAUUCGCUUACGGCCUUUCUUUCCAUAAAAACAUUAAAGUGCCAAUUAAAUAAAAUAUUAUUGUAA